UCUCUGGUGCGAGAGCGGAAGUUGAACGUUGACCUUGGAUGUCUGUCGGUAAGCAUGGCGAAUAAAGAUCCAAACGGGUUCCUUCAGCACUUGAGGGACAUUGCUAACCGCCUGUCCUCUGGCUCCAGGGGAGUAGGGAUUGGGCUUAAGUUACUUGUUGGUGCUGGAGCCCUUGCCUAUGGAAUCAGAGAGGCCACAUACACGGUGGAGGGAGGCCAGAGAGCAGUCAUCUUUAACAGAAUUGGUGGAAUGCAGAUGGACACUGUGUUGUCUGAGGGGCUCCACUUUAGGAUACCAUGGUUUCAAUACCCCAUUAUAUACGAUAUCAGAGCAAGACCACGAAAGAUUUCCUCUCUGACUGGAAGUAAAGACCUUCAGAUGGUGAACAUUGCGCUGCGGGUUUUGUCACGCCCUAUGGCCUCCAACCUUCCUUCCAUGUACCAGCACCUGGGGAAAGACUACGAUGAACGUGUACUGCCCUCCAUUGUUAAUGAGGUCUUGAAGAGUGUGGUAGCCAAAUUCAACGCCUCACAGCUCAUCACACAACGAGCCCAGGUCUCUUUAUUGAUUCGCCGGGAACUGUUUGAGCGAGCUAAGGACUUCAACAUUAUUCUUGAUGAUGUGGCCAUUACAGAGCUGAGUUUCAGUAAAGAGUAUACAGCAGCCGUGGAGGCCAAGCAAGUUGCCCAGCAGGAGGCACAGAGAGCUCAGUUCUUUGUGGAGAAAGCCAAACAAGAACAAAAGCAGAAGAUCAUCCAAGCAGAAGGAGAGGCCCAAGCAGCCAAAAUGUUAGGUGAGGCGGUCACGAAGAAUCCUGGUUACCUGAAACUUCGCCGAAUCCGAGCAGCUCAGAACAUUGCCAAAACGGUUUCCACCUCCCAGAACAGACUGUAUCUGAAUGCAGAUAGUCUAGUCCUGAACCUCCAAGAUGACUCUUUUAACAAAUUGUCACUGGGGAAAAAGUAGUUGUCUCAGCGAGGACUUUCACUUCAGUGUGUACAGGAAGCUGUCUGCUAAUCAGGCACAAUUUUUAAGGUGCCAGGGAAGACUCUGAAUGGUGGCUUCUUGAAGUAGCUCUAAGUCUACAUAAUUUACUUUGUCGUCAUGACUACUGUUCAGGCUCAUGUUACUGUUGUGUAAUUUGUUCAUGAACAUAAGUUGUAUAUUUAAUGCAAUACUCAAGCUGUCAAAAAAAAUGUAAACAUUUUUUUGCCACUUUUGGCAGUGUCAAAAAUGAUGUCCUUAGUGAUAUAAUUCAUACGAUGAAGGCCGACUGAAAAAAUGUAAAACAAUAAAAUAAAAAAGGCCCCUCUAUUCUCUGAUGAAUGACCAGUGUCUUUGCUGUACUUUUGACCAAUAAGAUAACGUGACAAUUGUGAAAGGACAGCAAAAUAAAGUCUUUUCUAUUUCA